GUACCUAGUGGGUAUCGUUCGUUGACUUAUAGUCAUCAGAUUGAUCCCAACAAGGAGCUCUGCCGCUUUGAAGUUGCAUCUGGUGUCUGCAACGACAGCUCUUGCGAGUAUCAACACUUCAGUGACAUGGCCGUGUCCGACGAUACUCUUCUUCUCCAAAUGGGCAUGAGCGGCAAUCCUGGCAAAGACGCUGAAUACAGGCAAGGCUUGAGAGACAUCCUACAACAAAUGAGGGAUGACGGCAACCUCGAAACCGAGGCUGUGGCUACACGCGUUGCCCAACACCGAAGAGACUUCUUGAAAGAUCCCUCUAACAUACUUGGAUUG